AUGAUUAACCGGCUGGCAAGCCGCGUCGGCGGGGACCACGUGCUACGGAUCGCCAAGCGGUCGAGCAUCGACCCCCGCCGCGCCUAUGCCACGACGCCCGCGACCGACGCCCCAGCCGAAGCGUUUGCGCUAACGACGCGACAAGCCGCGAAGGUCGAGACCAAUCGGCACGGCGAGCCGGUGGCGAUGCAAUGGCGAGGCCGUUGCGCUGUGGUGCGUUACUGGGGACCCGAGCGAAUCGAAACGGGCUGGUGGCGCGGCCGCAGUGUGCGGCGCGAUGCGUGGUGGGUUGAACUCGACAACGGCGCGCGGCUCUGGCUGCAUUGCGACCUCCGCCGCCGACAGUGGCGCGUGCUGGUCGGACGAGCGGCCGAACUCGGUUACGCCGCCCUCGCCGUCACCGAUCGCAAUAGCCUCGCCGGCGUCGUGCGGGCGUACGUCGCGGCGAAGGAAGCCGGCUUGCCGCUAGUCGUCGGCGCCGAGCUGACGCUAGCCGAGGCGCCGACGGUCGUCGUUUGGGCGACCGACCGGGCCUCGUAUGGUCGGCUCUGCCGACUGCUGACAACGGGGCUCCGCCGCGCCGAGAAAGGGUCGUGCGAGUUGCGGCUCGACGACUUGGCGGAGAAUUCCGCGGGGCUGAUGGUAGGCGUCACCUUGGAGGAGCCGGCCGCCAACCUCGAAACCUUAGGAGCGUUCCGCGACCUAUUCGGCGACCGUGGCUUCCUAUUGGCGGACGCUCACCGCGGGGGCGACGACCGGUCGCGACUGGCGGCGUUCGCCGCACUGUCGCAGCGUAGCGGCCUGCCGAUGGUCGCCUCGGGAGACGUUCACUAUCACGCCCCCGAGCGGCGUCUCUUGCACGACGUGCUCACCGCGAUCCGGCUCGGCGAAACCAUCGAAGCAGCCGACGGCGCCGAGCUAUUGCCCAACGGCGAGCGCUGCCUGCGAUCGCGUGAGGACCUCGCCCGGCUGUUUCGCGAUUGGCCCGACGCGUUGGCCCGCACGGCGGAGAUUGCCGAGCGUUGCCGCUUCUCGCUCGACGAGCUGCGUUUCGAGUAUCCCGAAGAACUCGCGCCCGUCGGCAAGACCGAGCUGGCGUGGCUUACCGAGCUGACGCAACAGGGCGCCGAGGGCCGUUAUCCCGAGGGCGUCCCCGAGAAGGUUCGCCAGCAAAUCGACCACGAGCUGCGGCUGAUCGCCAAGCUGCGUUACGAAGCCUACUUCCUGACGGUGUGGGACCUGGUGCGAUUCGCCCGCUCGCGCGGCAUCCUCUGCCAAGGGCGCGGCUCGGCCGCCAACUCGGCCGUCUGCUACUGCCUCGGC